CCUUCGGGUUUCCAGCAAACUGGAACGCUUGACUGGCUGAGCAAGAGAAACAGAGUGUUAAGAUUUUUUUUCUUCUCCAAGUUGGCACCUACGUAUAGAACCCGGUGAUUUUGCUACACUUGGGACAUCCACGGAUGGUGAACUGUUCUGUGGAGCUUUUAUUAAAUAGUCAUUGCUUUGGUUGUCAGAGAGGAUACAAUACAUUUUUCGAUUUGCCAGAAGUGAACAUGCUAAAUACCGAAGAAAGUACCUCGUUAAUGGGCUCCAAGCUCCAGUGCUCCAGACACCACGCUCCAGGGCCUCUGUGGUGCUCCGAUGCCCCUCACCCACAGGCGAAGAUCCCGGGUGGGCGAGGGAUAAGCAGGGAUCACUCUCUCAAUGUACUGCAACACAAGGACGACCGGCUGACGGUGACACAGGCCGCCUCUGCGAACGGGACGCCCCCUGUCCUGCACUUCCAGUACCAGCUGAGCGAGCGCCGCACGUCCUGCUGGGAGACGGUGUUCUACUCCAACAGCCUGUUCCUGGAGAUCCCACAGGGGUCGCUCCCAGAGGGGAGCAAAGAGGGCCUCACCAGUCUGCUGGAGUUCGCUGAGGAGAAGCUGAAAGCCAGCCACAUCUUCCUGUGGUUCAGCAAAGGCAGAGAGGAUCGACUGUCCAUUACGAAAACUUUCCACUAUAUGGGCUUUGAGGUUGUGAAGCCAGGCCACCCCCUGGUACCUGCCCGGGCAGACCUCCUCUUCAUGGUCUACUCUCUGGAUCACGCCAGCUCUGAUGAAGAAUGAAGACGCUCUCCUCGGACCCGAGCCCCUCUCUGUCCACCCCAGUCCCCUCUCCCGCUGCUGCCCAGCACUGUGCUAUAUGAGCAGUUCAAGGCUAAUCUCUGCGGGACACUUAAACUCUACCCUCUUGGACUGCGGGUGGGGGGACUGAGUGCUCAUCCCAUUUGUUGUUCUACAUCCUACCAUGUGUCUUGGGAGUCCUUGACUCUUGCAACUGGGUCACUUGGUGCUAAAGUACUUCAUAUCCUCUGAAACCCUGCAACUAAAUAUCAAGGUCUGAUUUUCUUCGUAGAUCUUUGUAGAUCAUACAUAUAACGUGCUGCAGACCCUGUCAGAGAAGGACAGGGGUAAUCAUGGGAAGCAUGCAUAGAGGGUGGGUAUGGGGACUGGCCUGUAUCGGGUGCAUUUUGAUUAAUGACGAUUGUAAUCACUGUUAUAUUUCCCAAUGUCUCUUCUAGGGUAGUGCAUUGCAAGAGUAUACUCUUCUAUUAGAAGUUAUGUUUUUCUACUUCAGUCAUUCUGUAAUCACACUGGGGUCUUUCAGCUCAGGCUGGUCUUCAUUUAGCAUCUCCUGACUAAGGGGCCUGUGCUAGGGGUGAGGCAGCACAAUUUAAAGCUGGACGUUCCUCCUAGUCGAGCUCCGGUUAGUCAGAGAGGGGGCGUGAAACCCUCGGCAACCCGUCUCAAUCCCUUCAUUCCACGCGCCUGCAGCGCUGGCUGAGUCCAGUCCAUUCCUCAGGGGCGUGGAGGGGAAGUGGAGGAAGGCGUUUGACGGUAAAACGCUGAGCUUGCCAGAAGCGGCGUCACAUGCGGCGAGCGGGGUUUUCAGGGAAAGGGACAGCCGGGAAAGUGAAACUGGCAGUGACGAGCGCUCGGAAAAUCCAGCUGGCACUACACUAGAAAAAUAACCAUCACGCAGCGCGACUGACGUAGUCUUAUCAAGACCCACUUUAGCUUUGGUCUGCUCUGCUCCAUGUUCACGUGGCCCCCAAAGCCCUUCAGUCACAGACUGUACCCGUUUGGUUUCUAACAUUAGAGGUGUGAAUAUUACAAGGGCCUUUCAGUGCCUGCUGAUAUGUGUAGACACAGUCCUGCCCCUCAGUCAAAAGGAAAACAGUGCUGGGAACAUGAAGACUGACGUCCCAAGACCACUUCCAACAAGUUGAGAUUAACUCACACAAUGAGAUAAAGCAGGGAAAGUGACACAAGAGCACUUUAGGAGCACAGCAGCAGAAUAUAUGUACUCAGAAUGUAUCCUGGUCUCCCUUUUUAUUUUGCAGUGUUUGACUGACAGAAUUGCCAAAGAAAUGGUCCCUCCCACUUCCCCGUUAAUAUCAGGAGUUAAGGUCUGCAUUCAGGUUGACCCUGAACAGGAAUCGAGUGCUUUCAGACAAACCCGAUUCUUCGGUCUCUCCUCGAGAUGGAGGCCAGAUGCAGGACUGCCUGGCCAGGUCAGGGAAAUGCACACACAUUCCUUGCUUAUUUGAAACCUUAACUCAAGAGGAGCACGGCUGAGCCAGAAAAUAAAAAGGUUCUGCAAGUACUCGGUAUCCUGUUCUGCCUAUCCACUGUACAACUGCAGGAAGACUUUAGGGGGCUGCUUUUAGUUUCCGUAGCUUUCAAGCAAGCCGUAAUCAUCUUUGGUUUGUAUUCAUCCUUUUUUUUUGCUUUCUUUUCCAUUGUUCCACGUUAGAUUCUGUUUACAGGGAAGUGCAGAUAUUAAUCAUAAUUUGACGAUCCUGACUUGUGUCCUUUGGGAUUUUCUGUUAGAAAAAUGUGAUGUUUUACUUUAUCUUGUCUUUGUAUUGCUUGAGGUAAAAUAAAAGUGGUAUAUAUAUUAA